ACAUCUGACGAAAUGUUGCUGCUCGAAGAGGAUAUCCUCAUAAGUCAAGCGUAUUACUCUAAUUCGCCGCUCUUUGCCUUUGACUCGUCCUCCGUGGGGGACCUACAGCAAUUGUUGCAGAGCGAGGCAUUCAAGCAGAAUAUGUCAUUGACUCUGAAUAUAUCGACGGAGAACCUAACGGAUCUGCUAAACACUGCGCAGCUCAAUCAGACCUGGGAGUUGCCGCAGCAGCAGCUCCCCAUGUCCGCACUGAUAACGCUUACCGUCUUCUACGCCAUCAUUUUCGUGGCUGGUGUGUUGGGUAAUCUCAUUACUUGCAUUGUUAUCUCGAGAAAUAAAUUUAUGCUCACCGCGACUAAUUUCUAUCUCUUCAACUUGGCUGUGUCGGAUUUGGUGUUGCUAUUGUCAGGAUUCCCCGGCCGCUAUCAGAGUUAAAGCCGCAAACACAGCGCACUGCUAAGCCAGAACGGUUCCAUGCGUCUUCAUACAACGGUGAAUAACAACGCUCUCGAUAACUACCACUCUUACCGAGUUACGUAUUUGCAUUGUCGUGACCAAAAACAUCAACUCUCUCUUCAGGACAGCAUCCGAACAACAACAACGACGACCACAAUCAACAGCAGCGGUGAAAUGGGUGGCAACAGCGUUAGUCGUCAUUCAUCACAUCGUUCCCGUUAUACCUCCCCACUGACAACAACUCUCACCAAACGAGAAGAAAUCGUUGCAAAUCAAGUAAAUGGUAUAACUGCAGCGACCGCUACCAAACUACAACAACAUCAGAAGCAACACCAUCACAUGCUGCAAUCUCAACUGUCGCAACGUUCNCGUGGAAUCAGUGCUCAAAGUCGUGUGAUCAGAAUGUUGG